GGUCCCGCGGUCCCGUCAUGGCGGUGCAGGACCCGCGGCCGAACCACACCAUUUACAUCAAUAACCUCAACGAGAAGAUCAAGAAAGAUGAGCUCAAGAAGUCGCUGUACGCCAUCUUCUCCCAGUUUGGACAGAUCCUGGACAUCCUGGUGGCACGCAGCCUGCGGCUCCGGGGCCAGGCCUUUGUCAUCUUCAAGGAGCUGAGCAGCGCCUCCAGCGCCCUGCGCUCCAUGCAGGGCUUCCCCUUCUACGACAAGCCCAUGCGUAUCCAAUAUGCCAAGACGGAUUCCGACAUCAUCGCCAAGAUGAAGGGCACCUUCGUGGAGCGGGAUCGGAAGCGGGAGAAGCGGAAACCCAAAGGCCAGGAAGCUCCCAGCGGGAAGAAGAGCGGAGCCGCCGCGGCCGCACCGGUGCAGGGCAGCGUUCCCGGAAUGCCGCCCAUGAGCCAAGCGCCCCGCAUGAUGCACCACAUGGCCGGGCAGCCGCCCUACAUGCCCCCGCCGGGGAUGAUCCCACCUCCUGGAAUGACUCCCGGAGGAAUCCCACCUGGAGCCAUGCCCCCCCAGCAGCUCUCAGAGAACCCCCCCAACCACAUCCUCUUCCUCACCAACCUCCCUGAGGAGACCAACGAGCUGAUGCUCUCCAUGCUCUUCAACCAGUUCCCUGGUUUCAAGGAGGUUCGCCUCGUGCCGGGCCGCCACGACAUCGCCUUCGUGGAGUUCGACAACGAGGUGCAGGCCGGCGCCGCCCGCGACGCGCUCCAGGGCUUCAAGAUCACGCAGAGCAACGCCAUGAAGAUCUCCUUCGCCAAGAAGUGACCCCGAAACACCCUGAAACACCCCGAAACACCCCAAAAGACCCCAAAAUACCCCCAAAACACCCCAAAAUACCCCCAAAACACCCCAAAAUACCCCC